AAAACUCAAGAGGAAACAGUUGAAACUACCGAACGAUCACGAUGAAGCUACUUUCGUCAUUUGGAGUGUGUCUAGCCACGUUUUACUAUGUCAUUGUAAUUUCAAUGGUCAAUUGCAACGGGCAAGCGAGUCAGAAUGGAAAUUCUAAGCAACCACAGAAUGCGAGUGUAAUUCAAUCGCGAUACGAAGCUGAGGACGAAAGUUAUGUCGAAGAAAUCGGCAAACUCGUACAGCUUCUUCAAGAAAACUUCGGCCAGCUGACGAGGGAGAAUCAGCAAGUUUCCAGGCGCAACGGAACCCUCGACGUCUCGGAUGACGAUUCCAAGAAGGAACAACUUCCGUCCACUUUCAACCUGCACCCUCGAGUUACCGAUUUAAAACAGGGUGACUCGGAUAAAUUGAAUCAACGAUCAGCGUUCGAAUCGAAGGAAGACGAUACACCGGAGGGUUCUAGGUCAACCAGCCAAUCAGAUCAAGAAUCUACCCUUCAAGAACGAAUCGUUAAUCCAUUCGAUAUAUUUACAAAUGUAUUCUUGGACAAUGUCGAUAUGGGUAAACAUCCGCAGCCUAUUAGGAAUAUCAUGGACUUCAUUAUGGAUAUGGUGAAAUCUAAACUGAACAGGGAUAAGGAGGACCAGCAAUCGAAAAAGCGAUUCCCUAGAAAGUUAUUCGAGCGUACCAAAAACGUGCUGAGCGAGGUGAAAGAAACAGCCGAAACCCUGUCACCAGUUGGUAUUCACAGAACGUUGAAGCUGGGUCCGUGGACCGUGAGCUUUGACAUGGGGAAACCGUGAACUGUUAUCGAGUUUCGGACAGUUUAGCAGAGUGUGAGAUAUCUUCGAUGUAUUAUAGUUUCCCUUUUGCUUUUCUCAGUAUAUUUUGUCGUUGUAAAAUAAACGGAACAAUGCAUCAAUUACCAAAA